AUGAAAGAAGUCGUUGUUAGUGAAACCCCGAAAAGAAUUAAAGGGCUGGAAUUUAGCGCUCUAAGCGCUGCCGAUAUUGUCGCCCAGUCUGAAGUGGAAGUAUCUACUAGAGAUCUUUUCGACUUAGAGAAGGAUCGUGCUCCCAAGGCGAAUGGUGCUUUAGACCCUAAGAUGGGUGUCUCUUCCUCCAGUCUCGAAUGUGCAACCUGUCACGGCAACUUGGCAUCGUGCCAUGGCCAUUUUGGUCACUUGAAAUUAGCUUUGCCUGUUUUUCACAUUGGGUACUUCAAAGCCACCAUCCAAAUACUGCAAGGUAUCUGUAAAAACUGUUCUGCAAUAUUGUUAUCAGAAACAGAUAAAAGACAAUUUUUGCAUGAAUUACGUCGUCCAGGCGUGGAUAAUUUAAGACGUAUGGGUAUACUAAAAAAGAUUUUGGACCAAUGUAAGAAACAAAGAAGAUGUCUACAUUGUGGUGCUCUUAAUGGUGUUGUGAAAAAAGCCGCUGCUGGUGCUGGUUCAGCCGCGUUGAAGAUUAUUCAUGAUACAUUUCGUUGGGUAGGUAAAAAAUCGGCUCCUGAAAAGGAUAUUUGGGUGGGUGAGUGGAAAGAAGUUCUCGCUCAUAACCCAGAACUAGAGCGUUAUGUGAAACGUUGUAUGGACGAUUUGAAUCCAUUAAAAACUUUGAACCUUUUCAAGCAAAUUAAGUCAGCAGAUUGUGAAUUACUUGGUAUAGAUGCAACCGUUCCAUCUGGUAGACCAGAGACUUACAUUUGGAGAUAUUUGCCCGCACCGCCAGUUUGUAUAAGGCCUUCUGUUAUGAUGCAAGACUCUCCAGCAUCUAACGAAGAUGACUUGACAGUAAAGCUAACAGAAAUAGUUUGGACUUCAUCUUUGAUUAAAGCCGGCCUUGACAAGGGUAUUUCCAUCAAUAACAUGAUGGAGCAUUGGGAUUACUUACAAUUAACUGUAGCAAUGUAUAUCAACUCGGACUCAGUCAAUCCUGCCAUGCUACCAGGCUCAUCCAAUGGUGGCGGAAAAGUCAAACCAAUCAGAGGGUUCUGCCAAAGACUAAAGGGUAAACAAGGUAGAUUUAGAGGUAAUUUGUCUGGUAAGCGUGUUGAUUUUUCUGGUAGAACUGUUAUUUCUCCUGACCCAAACUUGUCCAUUGACGAGGUUGCCGUCCCAGAUCGUGUCGCAAAGGUGUUGACAUACCCCGAAAAGGUAACCAGAUACAAUAGACAUAAAUUACAAGAAUUGAUCGUGAACGGGCCCAAUGUCCAUCCUGGUGCCAAUUAUUUGCUGAAAAGAAACGAAGAUGCAAGAAGAAAUUUAAGAUAUGGUGAUCGCAUGAAGCUAGCCAAGAAUUUACAAAUUGGUGAUGUUGUCGAAAGACAUUUAGAAGACGGUGAUGUGGUCCUAUUUAACCGUCAGCCAUCUUUACAUAGACUGUCGAUUUUAUCGCAUUAUGCUAAGAUCCGUCCUUGGAGAACCUUUAGGUUAAAUGAAUGUGUUUGCACACCUUAUAAUGCUGACUUCGACGGUGAUGAAAUGAAUUUGCAUGUUCCACAAACCGAAGAGGCUCGUGCAGAAGCUAUCAAUUUAAUGGGUGUGAAAAACAAUCUGUUAACACCUAAAUCAGGUGAACCUAUUAUUGCGGCUACACAAGAUUUUAUCACUGGUUCAUACUUAAUAUCACAUAAAGAUUCUUUCUAUGAUCGUGCUACAUUAACUCAACUAUUGUCUAUGAUGUCUGACGGUAUCGAACAAUUUGACAUACCGCCUCCCGCUGUCAUGAAGCCGUAUUACUUAUGGACUGGUAAACAAGUGUUUUCACUUUUGAUAAAACCAAAUCACAAUUCCCCAGUGGUAAUAAACCUAGACGCAAAAAACAAAGUCUUUGUACCUCCAAAAUCGAAAUCCCUACCAAAUGAAAUGUCACAAAACGAUGGGUUCGUAAUUAUUAGAGGCUCUCAAAUUUUGAGUGGGGUGAUGGACAAGUCUGUUCUGGGUGAUGGUAAAAAGCAUUCUGUAUUUUAUACGAUAUUACGAGAUUACGGCCCUCAAGAGGCCGCUAGUGCUAUGAAUAGAAUGGCAAAAUUAUGUGCUAGGUUCUUAGGUAAUAGAGGAUUUUCUAUUGGUAUUAACGAUGUUACACCCGCUGAUGAUUUGAAGCAAAAGAAGGAAGAACUAGUUGAAAUUGCGUACCGUAAGUGUGACGAAUUGAUCACAUUAUUCAAUAAAGGUGAAUUAGAAACACAGCCUGGUUGCAAUGAAGAACAAACAUUGGAAGCUAAGAUCGGUGGGCUUCUAUCUAAAGUUAGAGAAGAAGUUGGUGAUGUUUGUAUUAAUGAAUUAGAUAAUUGGAAUGCACCAUUGAUUAUGGCCACUUGUGGCUCUAAAGGUUCCACAUUGAAUGUUUCUCAAAUGGUGGCUGUUGUUGGUCAGCAAAUUAUUUCUGGUAAUCGUGUUCCCGAUGGUUUUCAAGAUCGUUCUUUACCACAUUUCCCUAAGAAUUCAAAAACACCUCAAUCCAAAGGUUUCGUUAGAAAUUCUUUCUUUUCAGGCUUAUCUCCUCCAGAAUUUCUGUUCCAUGCUAUUUCUGGUCGUGAAGGUUUAGUUGACACAGCUGUUAAAACCGCAGAGACUGGUUAUAUGUCUCGUAGAUUAAUGAAGUCUUUAGAGGAUUUGUCUUGUCAAUAUGACAAUACGGUCAGAACUUCAGCCAACGGUAUUGUCCAAUUUACAUAUGGUGGUGAUGGUUUGGAUCCAUUGGAAAUGGAAGGUAACGCACAACCGGUCAAUUUCAAUAGAAGUUGGGACCACGCAUACAAUAUUACUUUCAAUAACCAAGAUAAAGGUUUACUACCAUACGCCAUUAUGGCAACUGCAAACGAAAUUUUGGGACCAUUGGAGGAAAGAUUGGUCAGAUACGAUAAUAGUGGAAGUUUGGUUAAAAGAGGAGAUUUGGACAAAGCCGAAUAUGUGGAUCAGUAUGAUGCCGAGAGAGAUUUUUACCAUUCAUUAAGGGAAUAUGUUAAUUUGAAAGCCACUGCUUUAGCUAAUUUAAGAAAAUCCAGGGGAAUGUUAGGGCUACUGGAACCUCCAACCAAAGAAUUACAAGAUAUAGAUCCAGAUGAAAGCGUCCCUAAUAAUGUCAAAACCUCUGUAAGCCAGCUUUAUAGAAUCAGUGAAAAAUCAGUAAGAAAGUUCCUAGAGAUCGCUCUUUUCAAAUACCGUAAGGCAAGACUUGAGCCAGGCACUGCCAUUGGUGCCAUUGGUGCUCAAUCCAUUGGUGAACCAGGUACACAAAUGACAUUGAAGACUUUUCAUUUCGCUGGUGUGGCUUCCAUGAAUGUUACAUUAGGUGUGCCUCGUAUCAAGGAAAUUAUCAAUGCUUCCAAGGUUAUUUCUACACCUAUUAUCAAUGCCGUAUUAGUCAAUGAUAAUGAUGAGAGGGCUGCUAGAGUGGUUAAAGGUAGAGUGGAGAAGACACUGUUAUCUGACGUAGCUUUCUAUGUCCAAGAUGUUUACAAAGACAACUUGUCUUUCAUUCAAGUACGUAUUGAUUUAGGUACGAUUGAUAAAUUACAAUUGGAGUUAACCAUAGAGGAUAUCGCAGUUGCUAUAACUAGGGCUUCUAAAUUGAAAAUACAAGCAUCUGAUGUCAAUAUUAUCGGUAAAGAUCGAAUUGCAAUCAAUGUAUUCCCGGAAGGGUACAAAGCAAAAUCAAUAUCUACAUCUACGAAAGAACCAAGUGAGAAUGAUGUUUUUUACAGAAUGCAACAGUUACGCCGUGCGCUUCCUGAUGUCGUCGUUAAAGGUUUACCUGAUAUAUCUCGUGCGGUUAUUAAUAUUCGCGAUGACGGCAAGAGGGAGUUGUUAGUUGAAGGUUACGGCCUGCGAGAUGUUAUGUGUACAGAUGGUGUGAUUGGUUCCAGAACUACAACUAACCAUGUUUUAGAAGUCUUUUCCGUUCUGGGUAUCGAAGCUGCAAGAUAUAGUAUCGUUAGAGAAAUUAACUAUACCAUGAGUAAUCACGGUAUGAGUGUCGAUCCCCGUCAUAUUCAACUAUUAGGUGAUGUGAUGACAUAUAAGGGUGAAGUUUUGGGUAUUACAAGAUUCGGUUUAAGUAAAAUGAGAGACUCUGUUUUGCAGUUAGCGUCUUUCGAAAAGACAACAGACCAUUUAUUUGAUGCAGCCUUUUAUAUGAAGAAGGACGCCGUUGAAGGUGUUUCUGAAUGUAUUAUUUUGGGUCAAACUAUGUCGAUCGGUACCGGCUCCUUCAAAGUCGUUAAAGGUACUAAUAUAUCCGAAAAGGAUCUGGUGCCUAAGCCAUGUCUAUUUGAAAGUCUCUCAAAUGAGGCGGUUUUAAAAUCGAACUGA